AUGACUGGUGUCCGUGACAACCGUUACAGCGUGGUGUCCUCGGAAGAAGACGGGUUGAGGUUGUCAACCAUGCCAGGGAUCAACGGCUACGGCAAUGGGAAGAUCCACACCAGGAGAAAGUGCCGCAGUCGCUUUGUGAAGAAGAAUGGCCAGUGCAAUGUGCAGUUUGCGAAUAUGAGCGACAAGCCUCAGCGGUACAUUGCUGACAUUUUCACCACGUGCGUGGAUGUCCGCUGGCGCUACAUGCUGCUGAUCUUUUCGCUAGCCUUUGUCAUCUCAUGGUUGGCUUUCGGCCUGGCCUUCUGGCUCAUUGCGCUGAUACAUGGUGACCUUGAGAACCCCGCUGGCGAUGACAACUUCAUGCCCUGCGUUUUGCAGGUGAAUGGAUUCAUCGCUGCCUUCCUGUUUUCCAUUGAAACCCAGACAACCAUCGGGUAUGGUUUCCGCUGUGUGACGGAAGAAUGUCCAUUGGCGAUUUUCUUGGUGGUCUUUCAGUCCAUCGUAGGUUGCAUAAUAGACUCGUUCAUGAUUGGUGCCAUAAUGGCUAAGAUGGCACGGCCGAAGAAACGGGCCCAGACCUUACUUUUUAGCCAUAAUGCGGUAAUAGCCAUGAGGGAUGGUAAGCUGUCUCUUAUGUGGCGGGUUGGAAAUCUGAGGAAGAGUCACAUAGUGGAAGCCCAUGUCCGGGCUCAGUUGAUCAAGCCACGGAUCACUGAGGAAGGAGAAUAUAUACCCCUUGACCAGAUAGACAUUGACGUGGGUUUUGAUAAAGGAUAUGAUCGUAUAUUCUUAGUUUCCCCUAUAACUAUCCUCCAUGAGAUUGAUGAGGGAAGUCCACUGUAUGGUAUUAGUAAGCAGGACCUGGAGAUGGCAGAUUUUGAAAUUGUGGUCAUCCUUGAAGGAAUGGUGGAAGCUACAGCAAUGACCACACAAGCUCGCAGCUCGUAUUUGGCUAGUGAGAUUCUAUGGGGCCAGCGAUUUGAACCAGUGCUGUUUGAGGAGAAGGACCAGUACAAAGUGGACUACUCACAUUUCCAUAAAACCUACGAGGUGCCCACAACCCCUCGAUGCAGUGCCAAGGAACUGAUGGAAAGCAAGUUCCUCGUUCCCAGCACAAACUCCUUCUGCUAUGAGAAUGAGUUGGCUUUCAUGAGCCGAGAUGAGGAUGAUGAGGGUGAUGAUGAUGACAGUAGGGUCUUGGAUGAUCCAAGUCCAAAUAGCAGUCGUCAUGAAUUUGACCGAUUACAAGCAACUUUAGCCUUGGAUCAAAGGUCUUACCGAAGAGAAUCUGAGAUAUGACCUUUGACUGUUAUAAUGACCCUUUUUUUUCAAAUGUAAGGAAUGGGAUACCAAUCAUCACGAGUGCCAUAAAGGAUUUUAAAGCUUGCAUAAAAUUAGGAAUUUGAUUGUAAUGGUGGAGGGAAUUCUCACAUAUGAAGUCUAUCUGAAUGGUAAAUACAAAGCAGCAGAAUGAGUUAACAUUUACUGUGAGUAAAGAUAGAAUUAUUACUGUCAUGCUUUUUAGGAGAUUAUGUAACAUUGAUAAUUACCUUCCAAUGGAUUAAGACUUAAAUGUAGAAGGUCGAGGAAUUGGUUCAAACAAGACAUUGGAUCAAGUGUUUUUGGUGAUGUGUGCAACAAUGAGCUUUAAGAAGAAUAGAAAUAGAACAAAACCAUGAUGUUUAGACUUGCAAAUAGGCAAUUUCGACUUGUCAGACCAGAUUUAAUACUCCUUCAGGGGUUUUCUUUUCACUAUUUUGACAUUUUCCUUUGAAAGAAGGUAUCUUUG